CUCUCUCCCUUACACAUGCACACACACGCAUACGCUUUCACACUCAUAGGGACACACACAAACAGAUGUUUCUGGAAGUUCAUCUGAAAGGAAACUCGAAGAAAAUGCACAGUGUUUUCGCAGGAAGUUAGCUCUUUAUUAGACAAGACAACAAGACAAGUACAGCCGAGCAUCAUCUGAGAGCUGAAGAUUCGUUUUUUGUUCUGAGCCUCUUAUCACUCUUGGACUGCGAUCAGAGUUUUUUUUUUCGUUUAAACUCUGUUUUUUUUUCUGCUCGGUAGUACUGCUACGUCGUUAGAGUUUAAUCUGGGGUAUGGCACCUCCGAACACCUGCCUGAAGCGGGCAUUCAGUACUCUUGAUGUUGUACUCACGAUCCUUGGGGCCUUCAUCCUAGCCUUUGCGCUGUUUCAGCAUGGAGUUCUCCAUAAUGAGCAGAAGGUAGAAGAAUUUCAUGUUGUGGUGAUCUCAGUGUACGCCAUUGGGGCUGCCAUUGCAGCCGGGGCUACGCUUGGAUUGUACGGCGUUCGGAAAGAAAAACAAUGGGCACUGAUUGUGUCGUCAGUUGGUAUGACAAUCAUCAGCCUAUUUCUUCUUCUGAUCUCCAUAGCAACAGCGAUUGAGGCAAACAAGGUGGAGCAGUACAUUGAAGAAUCUUAUAAGCUCGACCAUCUCCAUGAGGUCAGUGAAGACAGGCAGCAGGAUGUAGAGGAAUGGCAAACAAUGCUCCAGUGUUGUGGCCUACAAAACGGGUUCCAGGACUGGCACGGGCAUCACCCGGAAUCCUGUCUCUGUCCAGAGAAGCCAGACCCCUCAAUCAAAUGUGUCACUGCUUCGUUCAUAAAUGGCACCACAACUGUAGAGGAGCUGGUGUACGAGCAGACCUGUUUGCCACUAAUGGUUGGGUUCAUGAGAAGGGCGUUCAACAUUUUCCUAACAUUGCUGUUUGGCUUAUCAAUUCUUGUGGUUAUUGCUACAGUUAUGACCUUGGCUUUGCUCUACCAAAUGAGAAAGAAGACUGUCAACACAGCUGUAGUGUUCAAACUUACUCCCAGCGGCUCCACCUAUGCACAGUUUUCCAACUCUGACCAACAUUACUUGCUAAGUUGAGGCUUUUGCGGAUUGUAUUUUGAAGUAAUACAUGCACACAUACUGUACAGUGGCCCUUGCAUGUAUUGGCAUAACUGGUAAAGAUGAGUAAAAAAGAUUCUGGUGUUCUAUCACCAUGAACAAAAUGAGGUAUAAUCAAAACUCUAAAGGGAAGCAAAUUUAUUCUGUGAAGACAAAAAUCUUCAUGAAGAAAUUAAAAGAGAAGAUGAUUUCUUUACCUCUUUUUACUCAUGUAUACCAGUGCCAAAUAUGGAGGGCACGUACUAUAUGUUGAAAGAACAAACUGUUGGAAAAAUUGUUAGCUAACAAAGCAUCACUGUGACAAAAUUCUAAACAAGCAUUUUGUUUUAAGUCCUCAUCCAGCUAGUUGUGGCAUAUUAAGCUAUCUUCAAAAAGAAUGACAGUGUCAAGUCUUUCUUCACUAAAUGUGUUUGAUCCAUUAAAAAUAAUAAUAAUAAAAUAAACAUAUUCUUCAUGUACUGUAAGUUGUUUUGAGAGAAUGAAUAAAUGUUUUAGUUUCUGAUUAAAGCUCCGCAGUGGAUUUUUGAAUACUGUGAUUUAUCAUCAUAGAACAUGGAUGUCUUGAUGACACGAAAGGCAUCUUGAAUGUCAAAUACUGGGCCUACUCGUCCCACUAAGUUCUAUAUUGUUAUUAUGGUAAUACUGUUUGGUCUAUUAAUGAUUAGUUUUGUUUCUUAUAACAUUAUAAUGUUCAUGUAAUGUUUAUUGUGUUUAUG